UUGGUAGUCUUGAAUCAAGCUAGGAAAGAGUGCCGAGCCGCGGGUGAUUAGUCUAUCUAUAUGUGAUUAGUCAGUCUAUCUAUUAGACCUAUCUAGAAGUAGAAGUUCGUUGCAUUCCCGGAGAUGUAGAAUCGAGUGUUUAGCUUACCGGGCAUUGUGCUAAGUUUGCAUCCGAAUCGAAAUCUGGCGCUACUACUCAAACACGAAAGCUAGGGAAGGGAAUAGAAGGGCGGGUAGAUCAAUGUGAUGAUAGCACCACGCCAGGCACCUUGAACUCCCUUUGGCCCAAGAGAAGUUCGGCUGGAGACUUCAUACCAAGUAUCCUAGACGGCAUACGGUUUAUGAGGUACGCUGCUGUCAUCACUGCCUCACUCGAGAAAUUCUUUGGCACAUUUAUCUAAAACAUAAGUGACCGUGCCACCUCCUGCAGAUGUCGGUUCUUCCUUUCCCUUUCCGCCACUCCAUUCUGUGAUGGGGUUCCAUCCAGUUCCAACACAAGUAGUCUGAUGAAUAAUCCCAUGUUCUGAUAUAUAAGCAUCAACCUCUCUAUUCACAUAUUCAGUCCCAUUAUCUGACCGGAGAAUCCGAAUCUUCGCUUCAAACUAAGUAGCCACCAGCUUAUGGAAGUCCUGAAACCAUCUCACAACCUCACUCUUGUGCUUCAUCAAAUAAAUCCAAGCAAGUCAUACGAGUGCAACAGUCCAUAAAUGUAACAAACCACUUGAACCCGCUCACAGAAGUGACAGAACAUGGACCCCAAACAUCAGAAUGUAUCAAUAAGAAGGGUUCAUCACUUCAAAGGCCAAUGCUAGGAUAUGUAGACCUUGUAUGCUUCCCAAACGCGCAAGCAUCACACACAAGUAUGCUCUUGUCCACCUUCUUAAACAAAUAAGGAUACAUACAUCCUACUCUUAUUAUCAAUGGAUAGCCCAAACGAAAAUGAUGUAGCAAGAUCUCUGCUUCAGGUCCUCUAGCAAUCACAGACAAUGCGACAUCCACUUGAUCAACCACAACCCCUUACGCCUGAUUCCAGACCCAAUCCUCUUCCCAGUGCCCUUCUCCUUAAAUAAACUAGAAUCCUCAUCAAAUGUAACAGUACAUUUGAAUUGCUCAAUGAUGGAGCUAAUAGAGAGGAGAUUGACCGGAAAAGAUGGCACAUGCAAAAUGGAAGGCAACACCAUAGACGGUGUGCAUUUUACAGACCACACUCCCUUGAGAAAUUGGGAACUACGGCUUGUGACGGAUUACCAUGAAAGCUGAUUGGAUAAACAAUAGCAUCGCACUCACAUCGAAUCAAAAAACGCAUAGAGAAAGAAUUGAUGCGGUCAUCCUUCCUCCGGAGCAAGAAAGGAAACUCCUCGAUUCAGCUUCGUAGCAAUAAGCUGCACUUGCGCCCCACCCCUACGGAAACUAUUGCCUAUGCUUGCUGCUCGCUCAGUGUCAGUAGAAGGGAAGAAAAGAUGGUCACUCCUUUUAGGAACAUGGCGAGCCUUACUUACGACUGUUGCACUUCACUCGCUGCUCGUUCAUUCACUUGCUCAUGAACUCGCUGCUUCGCCAGAAGCGACUAGUCGCCUCCUUUCCUCCGCCGAAAGAUGCUUAGCCAGAAGCGACGAAGGAGGGGAGCUGGGGAAGGCCGACGAUGGCAAUGAGGGGGAAGCUGUCGUAGAAGCUUUGCCCCUUGCUUUACAGAAAUGGUUAUGAACUUACUAAAUGACCUUAUUGAUUCUCCCGGAACGCUAGCAAAUCUAAUAGUUCCAUCUGCUCUUCUUAACUUAAGAACGAAGGCCGCCAUCCUUCUUAUUCAGGAACCCUUUGUUUGAGGGGGGCGUAUCCCCGGGAAGGGGAGAGUGGCCGAGCGGUCAAAAGCGACAGACUGUAAAUCUGUUGAAGGUUUUCUACGUAGGUUCGAAUCCUGCCUCUCCCACUUGUUGUAGACUUAAGAGAAGAGAAAGUAGGCGGAAGCCUAGGAGGGCCAACCGAGCGAAGCUCUUUUUUUUGCCGUGCCGUGAAGUGCAAUUUUCUCGUAUGCGUUUUAGAGAGGUUGUCGAAAAAAAGACGAUCUAUAGAGAUUCCCCAUCUAUAUCCAAUCGAGAAUAGAAGCGACUCGCUUCCGGCGUCGGCUUGUAGUCUCUGCAGUCGGCACACGCACGCGCCCGCCAUCAUGCCUCCUUGGUUCGGGACGAAGCCAAGCGAGACAUACGAUAGACGAAGGAAGCGCCCACCCAGCAGGAGGGCUAAAACCUGUAGUUUGGAAGUUGCAAACUCCAGCUUCGAAGCUGGAGUUCUUUAGCCCUUUAGUUUUUUCUUGAGCGCCUUGCGCGCUCAAAAACAAGCAAGGGAUGAGCGCUUUGUUGCGCCUGCGGAUACGUUUUCUUGCUGGGGAAGGCUAGUUUGAUCGAGGAUUGGAUUGGAUUGGAGAGGAGGGAGAGGUGGAAUAAAAAGCUCGGGAUGGAUUUUGGAGUCUUUGUGCGAGCCGUAUGCGGUGAGAGUCGCACGUACGGUAAGGAGGGGGGUUCGCGUCUAUACGUGUAGUGUGGUGGUUGGGCCUACCCACCCUAUUUGUUCCAUGAUCUAUGGGUCUACUGGAGCUACCCACUUCGAUCAAUUAGCCAAGAUUUUGACCGGAUACGAAAUCACUGGUGCUCGAUCUAGUGGUAUUUUUAUGGGGAUUCUUUUUAUCGCUGUAGGAUCCCUAUUCAAGAUUACUGCAGUUCCUUUUCGGGCGGCUGUAGGACGGACGGCCCCCUAUAGGUAGUAGGGUAGGGUGGGUGGUACCGCUCAGAUAGCGGCCAAUCCUCCUAACUGCGCGCGGGCCGGGCUUAGAGCGCGUGAAACUCAUCACUACCUCGUAAGGGCGUUGAGACCAUAGCAUGUUACACAAAAGCGCCGCUUUCUCAGGAGUGUUGUCACACAGCUGCCCGACUAGAAGAGCUACUCGCUCUGUAGUGUUGUCACACAAGAUAAGCACGCCGCCCGCCUGCUGGCCGGGCGAAUCGAAGUUAUCUUCCGGUCAACUGUCCACCCAGUCAAGUGCAAAAAACACAGUGGAAUCACGCAACGCACGCUGCUGGUGUGCUUCCUGCCCACGAGGAAAGAAGAGCGACAAGGUUCAGAUUUGACUGUUUGCAGCAUGGGAGCUGAUUACCCAAAAAAUCCCUGGGAAAAAAGAAAAGAUAUCUCGGUAACGAAAACCAUAGGAGGCUGUAUUGGCGAGAUCCAAGGGUUCACAGCAGCCCAAAAGAAAAACCGCCUGGAAGUCCGAGGACCUUUAGUACCGUACCGAACCAGCAGCCUUCGCGCCAAGCGACGACCGCCCUUGUCCCUUUCCUUUUUCCAUUCAGCCUACUUCUUAGCUUUGUUCCGUCAGUCUAAGGCAAAGCUUAAGUGGUUUGCCUACCUUACCCACUUGAUGAAAGGGAACGAACUUCGUUUCCUUGGCGGCUUUAUGGAUGGAUUCAGUCAGCCUCACUCCUUCCUUUUGAAAAGUGACGCUUUGCGUCUUCGCUUCCGAGGGUUAGGGUAUAGGCCGUUUCGAGCAAGCUUUCGCUUUUUCUCCCGGCUUUCUACAACUUUAGCUUUAGCUUCCAAAGGCGACCCAAUGACCUUUCCGGAAUUGGAAGUAUUCGUCGCCCUACCCUAAGAAAGAAGUCACUAUAAAACUGCUUGCCCUCCAGAAGUACCAAAGGUGCGCGGAGCCCGGUGAAAAUGAAUAUGUUUGCUACUGAAAGAAGCCUGCCUAUUGACUAAUAUUCGUCUUUAGAAUGAAAGUAGCUAUGAAGCCCAAUCUACUGUCGAUUCAAAAGGGGGCAUAGUCAUAUGGGUGGGGUGUUUGUGGGGAGCUGCCUUGGAUAUGAGGAAUUCCUAAAAAAAAAUACAAAAUGGAACAAAGGCUAAGUCCGUGACGAAGAUCUUUCUUUUCUAUCAAUAGAUAGGAAUGAGUGUUCGUUAUAGGGGAUAGGAUCCAUCUGCUCUCUCUCUCUCUAUUUUCUUUGAUGCAAUUUUGAGAGAAAGAGCAGUGCGAACUAGAAAAAAAAGAGAAUCGGGAGAUGAUUAAAAAAGAGAUACAUAGACAUCUAAAGUAAAGGGAUGUAUAUAUUAUUCCUAUAUAUAUCAUCUAUCUAUGAAAAAAGUAAACAGAGUUCGUUUUUGGGUUCCCCGAAGCCCCGAAUGGAUUGGAUCGUUUCUGCCAACGAAAUGAAGGCCUCGCCCCUUCCGAAUGCUUCUCCGAUCCUGAAGUUCUCGCGAAGAGAAUAAGAUGCAGCUCCCCCUCCCUCUGUCUUUUUCCGCUUUGCUAAUCUUCCCCUCUAACGCGGGCCGGGCUUAGGCGGGCGCGGGAGGAAGAAAGAAAGUAGAAGAGCGUCUUCUCCUUUGUCCUUUUUUCAGUGCAACACAGGAAAGCACCCUCUUUUUGUAAUCCCUGCAGCUUCCCAGAGGCUUUUUUUUGUAUUGAACGCAUGGCAUAGCUAGGACCCCUCCAAUCAUGCAUGUUUGAGCCUAUGUUCACCCGGGGCCCAAAAAGGAGAAUUCCGGAAUGCCUGCCGACGUUCAGAUAAGGUGCAUAUCCCUUACCACUAAAGGAAAGGCUCGACGAAGGGGGGGAUAUUAGCUGGGUAAGGAAAAAGCUUUCGGAGAUUGAGAUGUCGAUUUGUUUUUUCAUCGAAAAGGAAGAAGGCCGAGGGGAUAGCAGCCUUCCUUCGGGCUUUGCCUGCCGACGUUCUAAUAAAGAAUUCCGGCUCGGCCCGGGAAAGCGCUGGCAACAACAUAAAGAAAGGGGUCCAUGUAGCUGCUGCGCCCGCCCACUGAGCAGCAGGUUCGGCAUCUACUACAAAAGAGAGAAUCCACUUCAGAUAACCACGUCUCUGCUAGGCAGCGUGUGGAAUGGCCGAGAGCGGACCAAAUGGAUAUAUAAUCCAAGCCGAGAGUGGAAUUACGUGAACAGCCGUCUGAUGGAAAACAACUUUCACGUUCGGUUCAGAGAGCACUUUUUUCGUUGAGAAUAAGUCCUUCCCUUUUGUGUGAAUUCCCCAGCGGCGAAUUAACAACUUGUGGGGCCCUAUCUAUUCAAUCUCUCGAGCCCCAAGAAAACCCCCCUCUCCCUCGGACUCAAUCUCUCUUUUGACUCUAUAUAUGUGGGCACCUGAUAUCUAUGAGGGUUCACCCACCCCGGUGACAGCAUUCCUUUCUAUUGCGCCUAAAAUCUCUAUUUCUGCAAAUAUGUCACGUGUUUCUAUUGUUGCUUCCUAUGGGGGUACAUUACAACAAAUCUUCUUUUUCUGCAGCAUUGCUUCUAUGAUCUUAGGAGCACUGGCCGCCAUGGCCCAAACGAAAGUAAAAAGACCUCUAGCUCAUAGUUCGAUUGGACAUGUAGGUUAUAUUCGUACUGGUUUCUCAUGUGGAACCAUAGAAGGAAUUCAAUCACUACUAAUUGGUAUAUUUAUUUAUGCAUCAAUGACGAUAGAUGCAUUCGCCAUAGUUCCAGCAUUACGGCAAACCCGUGUCAAAUAUAUAGCGGAUUUGGGCGCUCUAGCCAAAACGAAUCCUAUUUCGGCUAUGACCUUCUCCAUUACAAUGUUCUCAUACGCAGGAAUACCCCCGUUAGCCGGCUUUUGUAGCAAAUUCUAUUUGUUCUUCGCCGCUUUGGGUUGUGGGGCUUACUUCCUAGCCCCAGUGGGAGUAGUGACUAGCGUUAUAGGUCGUUGGGCGGCCGGAAGGUUGCCAUGAGUAAGGUUGGGAGACCGAAGGCAGUUUUCCGUGCACCGGACACGUAGCUUACCGAAUCAGUUGCAACACAGAUGGGAAUGCAUGCUACGAAAGACAGGGUCGAGUCUGAUACAUCAACCGUCGACUCCAUAUCCUUGUACGAGUCCACAAUCACUACACGAGAUGAACCUGGGUUUGGUGAAUGGAAGUUGGCCUUAGGUGUAAUAGGACUCCCAGUUACUGCGCGCGAUCGUAUACUGAGGUGCUCCCCGUCGGUUGUUGGAACGACGCGAGCCGGGCCGGGCCUCGAUUCCUUUCAAAAAGAUGAAGGGACAGAGGUGACUAAUUCCCCAUCUCAUUUGGGGCGGAAAACGAAUCGACAUCUCGAUGUGAUACAGCCCUUUCCAUUUUCGUUGGGAAAGAACGGCGAAGUCCAUCCGAACCCUCCAAUGAAGAAAUAAGAGGAGAGCAAAGCGCCAAUGGCGCGCGAAGCGCAUGCGGAAGGGGUACGGAGAAAUAAAGAAGUGUGGAGGAGAAGCAGCCGAGCUCAUUCCCUUCGCUUCCUGGGCCCAAAGCAGUGCUUUGUUUCCUGGCCAAAUCAAGGAUUUGGGGCUGAUUGCAAAAGAUAUCUGAAUAGAAAGAUAGAUCCAUCCAUCUAUCCAGAUAUCUAAAAAAGAAUCGAUUUCUAUUUCAUGAAACCUUUGAUUCAAAGAACUGCGCUUAGCCCCCCCGCUCAUGAAACGGCUCUGCUGCAAUGGAUGGCAGAGGGUCCGUAGUACCCGAAGCACUGGAGUGACCCAGUAGCCGGGAAGGGGCCUAGAAGUGCCUACUACUACACCACACUACACUUGGCUCUACACAUUUACAGAGCUUACCCCUGUCCAGUGUCUGGCAGAACGUUGGGGGCUUCAAUCGUCGACUCGUUAUCCCCAUCUCAGCCCAGGCUAACGGAGCCUUACUUAUUCAGGGGAGAGAGUGGAGCCUAUCGAAGCACUCUUGAGAGUAAGAUCCUUGGCUCCUCUUCAUUCUCUACAGGGGUCUCUGCCCACAUGGAAGCGGGGCAGAGAUGGAUAAGAUCAAACACGGGAAUAAGAAGCAUUUGAAAUGCCUUUUUGAUCAUUUUGAUAGAGGGGGAUGGAUAAAGUGGGCAAAACAGACUCACAUUUUUCAAUCGAAAAGAUGGGUUCCUUUUUCGUCUCGACAAAGAAAGAAUCAUCUUGAAAACGCUCCUAACCCCUUCGUAGGGCCGUGUAUAGUAAGUGAUCCGAACCUGCCCGGAGCGAGCCCCCCUUAGAGGCAAGUGAAGUUGGUGAGCCGUAUGAUGGGCAACUAUCUCCUGCGGUUCGGAGAGGACUCAGCUGUUAGUUAGUACCCCCUUGGUUUCGGGGUGGACCCUUUCACUCUAUUUUAUUAUAUACGCUUAGCGAAAAGAAUGUUUUUUGAUAGACCUAGGACAUGGAUUCUAUAUGAACCAAUGGAUCGUGACAAGUCGUUACUACUAGCAAUGACUUCCUCUUUCAUUACUUCAUCCUUUCCAUAUCCCUCUCCCUUGUUCGAUCUUACUCAUCAAAUGGCACUCAGUUCAUAUCUGUAAGUUCGUUCGAUCAUUGACAAGGUUCAAAGAAAGGGUGGGCCAUUCACCAUGAAGGCUAAAAGCGAGAUAGGCUGGACAUUUUCGCUUACAAAGGCGAAGACAAUUCCGCGUUUUUUCAGCCGAUUCUCCGAAAUUGAAGACAAUUAUCCUCACUCAAACUUCAAAAAGUCCUUUUUUUUUUAUGAUGUAAAUUCUGUCUGUCUCCUUUGUCCUUCCUAACGCUAGUCUAGUCUCCUUCGUUCCACUCGUCCUUGCUUUUUUUUCUUCUUCCUAUCGGUCCCAAGGUCAAAGAAAUAGGUUCAGUGGUUCGACCUCCCAAAGGUUAAAGAAAGACAU